GCAGCGAGUUCGAGCGAUAUCGCGAUCCAGGAUCAUCCCGUGAGCGAAACUCUGAUCUGCCGUCCCCUUCGUUCGCUCAUCGGCCUUUGCAAUCAAUCGUGUCGUUCUUAGCCACUCUGAAGUGGACGGAGCCCGGUGCUUUUGAUCGAUCAGAACAUACUCAUCGUCAAUUUCACGACCAGGCUCAUGUCCGAUUCAUUUUCGCUGGCAGGCAACGUCUCCCCAACCUCGUUCUCAGCCAGCAACCUCAAGGCGAACCAUUCGCCUGAUAUUUCAAACAACUCCUAUCCACAAACCCCUACAUCUCCUCCGUUGAUGUCAGUCGGCGCACAGAACUAUGCCUCCAAUUUCGCACAUACGCAUACGUCCCCCAGCCACACGACGACGUCAAACGGACAACCUCUCUCUUCACCCCCUUCGUCAACCCCCAUGUCUACUCAAAACUCACAGCAGCCCACUGUGAGUGCAACGGCCUCAUUCCCUACACCAGCCAGCAGUGUCAGUGGUCAUCUGCGAAAUACGACCCCAGCAGAUGAGUCGGAAGCUGCCGAUAAGUCCUGGGGUCAAGGUAUACAGAAUUCGCAUGCGACAGGAAGUACGGAAUUUGGUAGCGUCGACAGGACAGGACACAGACGCACAGAUCACGAUCGGCAUAAGUUGCCUGAAGGGUCCAAUAUGAAAGGCCGGCCGCCAGUCGCAGAUGUCGACAUGAUGGAUAUCGAUUCGAAGGAGGAUUUAAACUCCUCCAUUCGCGAUUCUAGUCUUGAUGCAUUGCAGCAAGAUAUUGGCACGGCCUUUCAUCUUUGCAAAUCUGUUCCUACAAUUACAGGCCCUGAUCCGAGCUUCGAUCUUAUAUCGUUGUAUGGGCUGGGACCAAUUGGAAGAUCAGUUAUGAGAGCAGAUCCCACAACGGGUGAAAAGAUUAAUCGUCUUCGCAAGUCGUACGAAGGCAAGCUGAAAGGACUAGGCCUGUCUGGAAGGAACAAGGCUGUAAAGAACGAGAAUGGACAGUCGGGAGGCUUACGGCAUUUGAUGAUGUGGCCGGAAGAAGAAUGGCAGAUCCAGAAAGUCCACGGCAAGGAGAUCAAAUUUGCAGAAGCCGAAUCCUCGCUUCAGAAGUUGCAAAUGCGGGCCAUGAAACUGGAGCCUGGCCCGAUUCCAAACAGCGAGUACUGGGAAGACAUCCUCGGCCACGAAAAACCUGCGAAGCAUACCAAUAUUGAAAACGGAAAACGAGCAGUGUCAACCCCAAAUGCCCUUCGCCCAACAAACCAAGCGAAUGGCGUCCCCGCAACUACUGCAGCACCUGAACGCGCGCGUCCUACCCGUGGAAAAAAGCGGCAUUAUGACGACAAUAGUUUCGUCGGUUAUGGUGAGGGCUUUGUUGACGAUGAUGACGAAGCAGCACUUUAUUCCAAUAGUGAGGAUAGGAGUGGGAAGAAAAAGCGCAAGAAGGUUUUUAAAUCCAGUCGAACACAUUACCAAAAUGUCUCCUAUGCCAGAACGGACGGGCAGUUAUGGGGUCGGCAUGUAUGGAAUCGGGGCUAG